GCUUUCAACAUCAGCAGUGUAGCAACGGAAGGAUAAAUUCCUGAAUCGGUAACAAAUACUAACUUGCUAGCAGGUGUUUCUUCUCUCUUUCAUUUCUCAUUUUAAAACUCAUAGCUGACUGAGAUAUUUCUGCAAUAGUAUGUAGCUGAUGUAGCAGUACUUCUUUUCCUGUGGUGUGCAAGAAUUUUCCUGCACCUUACGGUUGCUUUCCUCAUUGUUCCAUUGACACAUCCCAAACAUGAGUUUCUUCACCUUACAUAGCUCUCAUUUCGACUUACAAAUGGAAUUGAGUUCCCUGCUGUUACUAGUUUUCACAGGAUUUUUAGUCUGGAGGGACUUUUAUCCAAAAGGUCAAGGGACAAAUAAGCACCAGAGUUUAACUUAACUGCAUUUUCACUCAUUUCCACUGUGCUUAAAAUUCAAGACUUAAUUGAACCUAAGAACAGUCAUUCUGCAGUACCAGUACAUAGAAUUUGAGAGCUUAGCAUUCCAAAUAAUAAGAAUAUUGUGUGAUCCCCAUUUUAAUGAUGGAGAAGUGGAGCUUCUUCGUAAUUUCACAGGAGGGCUGGCAAAACCAGGAAUAGGUGUCAUAAUUUUGGUCUUUAAGCAUGGGCAUGUAUUAUUUACUAGAUAAUAUUUUUCUUACGCUGACUCUGAAUUCUGCAUAUCUUACAGCUCAGUGCUGUUCUGAUUGGUAAGACAAGCCGCUUUUCAGCCUACUUUGUGACCGUAUUUGCCUGAGCUCCCUCCUUUUCUUGCAUUCUUACUGUGCAAGUGGUGUUAAGUCCUUAAUUUUGCAUUACUGUAUUCUGUCUCACUUGAGCUUUAGAUGAUUACUUGCAUUGUGCACCAGGAAUUUGUGGGCAUGAGGAACUAUGGUCUCCCUACUGUGGCUCCCUCCGCUUACUGACAUCUCUUGAUAGGCAAUUUUCCUGGCUGGAAGUUUUGAUUCUCAAAUAAUAUGCUAAUAGUUAAUUAUGCUGUCUUCUGAUUGUGAUGGAAUACAAACAAUUGUAUUAAGUUCUAAAAUGGGCUUUUUCUUUUCCAUGCAAUUUUCUUUGGAUAUUUAUCCAGUUGGUAAGAAUAAUGUUUUGACAUGUUGGCUCUUUAUUGCUUUGUCUGACAAGGCUUUCUGUGCUGCACAGUAAGUCAUUUGUAAACUGUUGAAUUGUUUUUAGUCAUGUUGUUAUUCACAUUGUGCAGCUUGCCUGUGUCCAUAGCUCUAGAUCUGCUGUGUGAUCCAUGUGCGUAAAGCCAUUUGCGGUCUUUGUCCAACAAUUCGCAAGGAGAACACUGUAAAAACAGUGAGAGGGAAAACAUGAUAGAGACGGUAUUGGUACAGUUGUCUGUUGCUUCAGGUUUUGAGCUUGUUAGUGUUUCUGAUGAAGAUUCUGAUGCAACAAAUUAGAGUUUUGUGGAUGGAGAUGAAGUUAGGUACAAAGCAUGAGAUCUGAUUCGUGCAUGGAUACUAAUAGUACCUCCGAUAGUUAAAACACAAACAUUUGGGUGUUUUUCCCGUGGACUUAGAAAACAACGGUGAUACCUGUAGACUUAGAAAACCACAAUGAUUCUGUCUGUUGAUUAAAACUGCUUCAUAGGUUGUGAGCGGUUUUGCCUACUAAGUGCAUGGCAUUCCUGCAGAUGCCGGGCACCAUAAACUAGAAGGACAAUGAGAAGCUACGCUUAACUGCUCAUGCAGACUGGCGUGUGACAUGGAGCCAGAAUGAGUUGGAUUCUUCAGCUACAAAAAAUUCAAGAAAUUACGGUUUGGUGAGACGUUCUGGUUUACACCGAUAAAGACUGAUGGCAGCGGACUUCUGUCUCUGUGGCAAUCUGCUUCCAGAAGCAGAUUGAGUUCUUGACGCCUGACAGGAUGCUUUGGCUUUUGAUCAUAUGACAGUGCAGGGCUUUUUAUUUCCUUUGGCUUUGAGACAAGUGUUUACAGUCUGUCUUUUGCUUGAUCUGAGAAAGAAACUAAGCUUUUUUAAUCAGUUACCUGUUCUAAGAUUAGAAGAAAGUUACUUCUGAAUUCUGAUGUGGGUUUGAGAUGUCUUUACACAGCAUUUGUGGAAGUCACACUAGAACACUAUAUAGCAAUUACGUCUUAUAGUAGUCUUAACACAUCCUGACUUCCGUCACGUGUUUUUGUUAGCUGGCUAGGUGUGUUACAACCGCUGUGCUGUUGCAGUAGUGCAUUAGCUUAAGUAAGUGUCCCCUCCUGUCCCAGCAGCAUCCCUCACCACCCCAAGCUUCGUGUAAGGAAUGUGACCUGGCUCCCAAGCACUUCGCAACCAUUUAAAGACAGUCUUUGUAUCCUUGUAUGCUCUGCAAAUUCCAGAAUUGUGAAAGUAAUGUACAUCCACGAAUACAAUCCUGGAAUCAGAAAGAUCUGGAAAGUCAGGGUUCCAAAGCUUGGGAAUUCACUGCAACCGGUUCUUCCAACACGGACACAGGCAAGGCUUCAGGCGGUCUAGAGACCAAAUAUAAGGUCAAAGACCAGGGACUGACAUUCAUCCAGAAGUGGAACACGGAUAACACACUGGGAACAGAAGUUUCUGUUGAGAAUCAGUUGGCUGCAGGGUUGAAGCUGGCUAUUGACACUACAUUUGUACCAAACACAGGGAAGAAGAGUGGAAAGUUGAAGACUUCCUACAAAAGAGAUUAUAUACAUGUAGGCUGCAACGUAGACAUUGAUCUCUCUGGACCAACCCUUUAUGGCUGGGCAGUGUUGGGCUUUGAUGGCUGGCUUGCUGGCUACCAGAUGGCUUUUGAUACAGCCAAGUAUAAGGUUACACAAAAUAAUUUUGCCUUGGGAUAUAAGGCAGGGGACUUUCAACUGCACACUAAUGUGAAUGAUGGCACUGAGUUUGGUGGGUCUAUUUAUCAGAAGGUUAAUGAUAACGUUGAGACAUCAGUCAAUCUGGCAUGGACCGCUGGCAGUAACAACACACGUUUUGGUAUUGCUGCAAAGUACCAAAUGGAUGAGAAGACUUCUGUUGUGGCUAAAGUGAACAAUGCCAGUCUCAUUGGAAUUGGUUACACUCAGACCCUCCGACCUGGUGUAAAGCUGACCCUCUCAAGCUUGAUUGAUGGCAAGAAUUUCAGUGCUGGAGGUCACAAAAUUGGUCUGGGAUUUGAGCUGGAAGCUUAACAUAGCUUUAAAUAAAAUAACUGGUGGUGUUCUGGAAGAUGAAGGAAAACUGUACCCGGUGCAUUUCAGCCUUAAUAUUACUCAGAAAUUUGAAGAAGUGUGAACUUUCUACUCUUCCCAAGAAUGACUUUAACCCAAUGCUGAAGUCCAGAAUAUUCCAGCACAACAAAGGAAGACACUUGAAGGCAUGCAUGGAAGUUGUGAUGUUUGUGCCACAUUUCAGUUUCCUGUAUU